GGAUCAUCUUCUCUUCUCCUCGUCGCCCUGUGUCCAGACAGACACUGGCGAAAACAAAGAAAACCAUAAGUCUUCCGGCAACCUCACCAAAAAACCAAAACCCCAGAACUAUUCGAUAAAAUUCCUCUUCCGUUCCGACUCAAGUGUCUAGUCGAUGGCUUCUAUAACGACAACGCUGUCGCCAGGCUCGAUGCAGCUCCGUCUGGCACUAAAGUGCAGAAACCGUAGGGGAUCAGGUGCAGUUCUUGGGCAGGCGUGGGUGAGGAAGCUUGAUUUUGAGAUGUCCCGGGUGUCCCUCUCUCGAAGAGGAAAUGGAUUGGGAAGGGGACGUCAUGGCGCUUUCUAUGUCCGGUCAGAGUCUGCUGCAGAUGCUUUCUCUGAUGGGUCAGAGUCUGAUAGUGCAGAAGAAUCGCGGAGGAAACAAUGGUUUCGAGGGAUGGUGGGAGCUGGAGUUGCUGGAGCUGUUCUUAUUGCUGGGCUUACUUUUACAGCAAUGUCUAUAAGUAAACAGAGGGCUUCCAGGCCACAACAACAAAUGCAGCCUUUAACGAUUCAGCAGGAAGUUUCAUUGUCCUCUUGUACUGAUAGUAGUAACAUCAAAGAGAAUGAAAAUAAGGGCAGUUUUGUAUUCAAGGAUAGUGGUAAUCUGGAAAGUGAGAUAGGUACUGAUGAGGCUCUUUAUCCAUCUUCAGAAUUUAAUGAUCCUCCUACUGAAGAUAUACUUGGUCAAGAUAAUGUGACCUACACAGAGAGUAUUGAACGCAGAUCUGAUGGUGGUGAUGCUGCAAAUGGUGCUUCCAUACAGGAUGAUUUGCAAAAUAUAUCGGAUUUAAAUGACAUUCCAGUUGGCCCUGGUGCAACUCAAAGCUCACCUGAGUUGCCUGAAUCUGGUAUUGUUGGUGGUUCUGUAGUUGCAUCUAGCCUUGAAGUUUCGGAUAGCAAACUUGAUUUAAUAUCACCUGAGCAGCCAACUUCCCAAAUUGAAUGGGACCCUGUCUGUGCGUUGGGCCUUAAUGACAAGCACAAUGAGGAGUUUUCUAGCUUAGAGGGAAAAGAGACUUCCAAUCUCUCAGUGCAUUCUGUGGAUUCUUAUACUAAUAGUGAUUCCAAUGCCACAUCCAUUGAGGCUGUGGUUGUAGGCUUCUCUGUCACUUCAGUUACAGACACAGUUUUAGGCCCACAGGUUGUGCACAUGGAAAAUGUGGAGACUCACGUCUCAUCUUCCAAAGAAAACCUUGAUAGCAGCAAAUUGCUGCAGGUCUUGGAAGAGAGAAGGGCAGCAUCUAUGGAAGAGAAUAACUUGAGUGAGAGUGGGUUGUCUGAAAUAACCUCUCUGCCAGCAUCUUCCCAUCUAUCUGCAAAUGACCAAGACAAAAAUGGUUAUGGUGAGACAAAUAAAAGCAAAUCGUUUUUUGAUUCCCCAACUCCUGAGAAUUCCUUCUCUUCUGCUGUUACACCUGCUCCUUCCAUAGUUCCUGCAGCUGUACAAGUGAUUCCUGGAAAGGUUCUGGUUCCUACAGUUGUUGAUCAAGUUCAGGGGCAGGCAAUAGAAGCUCUUCAGAUUUUGAAGGUUAUUGAGGCGGAUGUUCAACCUAGUGAUCUAUGUACACGUCGUGAGUACGCUCGCUGGCUAGUGACUGCAAGCAGUGUUCUUUCAAGGAACACAGUGUCGAAAGUUUAUCUUGCAAUGUAUAUAGAGAAUGUUACUGAACUUGCAUUUGAUGAUAUUACACCCGAGGAUCCUGACUUUUCAUCCAUUCAAGGUUUGGCAGAAGCUGGACUCAUCUCAAGCAAGCUUUCAAAUCAUGAUCUUCUGAGUGAAGAUCAAGGCCCAUUUGAUUUCUCUCCUGAAAGCCCUUUAUCACGUCAGGAUCUUGUAAGUUGGAAAAUGGCUCUAGACAAAAGACAACUCCCAAAAGCUGACACAAAGACCCUCUAUGCACUCUCUGGUUUUAUAGACAUUGAUAAGAUAAAUCCAGAAGCAUGGCCUGCACUUGUGGCUGAUUUGUCUUCAGGAGAACGGGGUGUAAUAGCACUUGCAUUUGGUUGCACAAGACUUUUCCAGCCAGAUAAGCCAGUCACAAAAGCCCAAGCUGCUGUUGCUAUUGCAACUGGUGAGGCUUCUGACUUAGUAAAUGAAGAGCUUGCACGUAUCGAAGCAGAAUCUAUGGCAGAAAAUGCAGUUUCUGCUCAUAAUGCUUUAGUAGCUGAAGUUGAGAAGGAUGUUAAUGCAAGUUUUGAAAAGGAGCUUUUCAUGGAGAGGGAAAAGAUUGAUGCUGUGGAGAAAAUGGCUGAGGAGGCUAGGUGUGAACUUGAAAGGUUAAGAGCAGAGAAAGAAGAGGACCGCAUUGCUUUGAUGAAGGAACGUGUGUCUAUUGAAUCAGAAAUGGAAGUUCUUUCACGGCUAAGGCGGGAAGUGGAGGAGCAGUUGGAAAUCCUGGUGAGUAACAAGGUUGAGAUAUCAUACGAGAAAGAAAGGAUUAAUAAACUACAAAUUGAAACAGAAAAUAAAAGCCAGGAAAUUACUCGGUUACAGCAUGAGCUGGAAGUUGAAAGAAAAGCCUUGUCCUUGGCCAGGGAUUGGGCUGAGGAUGAGGCAAAAAGAGCCAGAGAACAGGCAAAGGCCCUAGAGGUUGCAAGAGAACAUUGGGAGAGGCAUGGCAUCAAAGUGGUUGUUGACAGUGACCUUCAAGAAGAGGGCGCUGUCAGGGGUUCAUGGCUUAAUGCUGGGAAGCAACUCUCUGUUGAAGGAACCAUUGGCAGGGCGCAAACUUUAGUGGACAAGCUCAAGGCAAUGGCAAGCAAUGUAGGAGAGAAAUCUAAAGAGCUUAGCAACAAGAUUAUUGAGAAGAUUCUCUAUCUAAUUUCAGCCCUGAAGGAGUGGGCUUGUAGGGCUGGCGUAAAGGCUGAAGAGCUGAAAGACAAGGGUAUCUCAAAGGCAAGGGAAUCUGUGCAAGAGUGGAAGCAAAACACAGCAGAAUUCAGUUUGGCAGUAAAUGAAGGUGUGAAGCGAGUUGCAGGAGAUUGUAGGGAAGGAGUCGAGAAACUUACUCAGAGGUUCAAAACAUAACAUAAUGGAUGCCUUCGCCUCCUUUUUCCCUUCAAGUGCAAUAAAUGUUUUUGCUGCAAGCUGAGAAGUCAGCCAUGUAGUUCAAUUACCAUUACCAUUUGAUGUGACAAUCAUAUGGGUUUGAAUUUUUCCUUUUUUUGACCGAAUGCUAAAGAAAUGGGUCUUGGUUCAUUUCUUUGAUAAUAACUUGAGGCCUUUGAGGGUUGACUCUUUUUCCUCGGCGGGUAGAGUUAUAAUAAAAAUGAAAUGUCACAAAGUGU